GUUGAAUUCACCCCUGAUCAGAUUGAAGAAUUUAAGGAAGCAUUCUCACUCUUUGACCGGACUCCUAAAUCCGAGAUGAAAAUCACAUACGCACAAUGCGGGGAUGUCUUGAGAGCUUUGGGGCAGAAUCCAACCCAGGCUGAGGUCAUGAAAGUGCUUGGCAGACCCAAACCAGAAGACAUGAACUCCAAGAUGAUCGACUUUGAGACCUUCCUGCCCAUGCUCCAACACAUUGCCAAGACGAAAGACACAGGCACCUAUGAAGACUUCGUGGAGGGUCUGCGUGUGUUCGACAAGGAGGGAAAUGGAACAGUGAUGGGGGCUGAACUCCGCCACGUUUUGGCUACGCUGGGUGAGAGGUUGACUGAAGAGGAAGUUGAUAAGCUAAUGGCUGGUCAGGAGGAUGCCAAUGGUUGUAUCAACUAUGAAGCUUUCGUGAAACAUAUCAUGGCUAACUGAACACCAGGACAAGAUAGGCACUGAGAACCCCAGAUGCUGGCCUUGGAUUUUGAUGUAAUGGAAUGUCUUCUCAUUUUUCAGCCUGGAUUCCCA